GUUGUUGAAAGCAUCAUAAGCAUGUGUCUAAACAUUAAGGGUAAAACAAAAGACAACAUCAAUGCCAGGAAAGAUUUAGCUAAUCUUUGCGAUCGCCCUAGCCUUGAGGUCAAAUUAAAUCCUAAUGGAAAGGAGAGGACACCACGAGCUCCAUACUGUCUAAAGCCGGAAGAGCGAAAAGAAGUAUUUCAAUGGUUGAAAAUGUUGAAGUUUCCAGACCGCUAUGCAGCUAACAUAAAACGUACUGUUAACCUCGACACUAAUAAAUUAAAUGGUUUGAAGGCUCACGAUUACCAUAUUUUGAUGGAAAGACUUAUGCUGGUAAUGUUCCGUGGCUAUUUGAAGCCUCCUCUGUGGAAGAUGAUUGCUGAACUUAGUUACAUAUAUAGACAUAUAUGUGCUAAGCAUAUCUCAAAGAAAUUGAUGAUUCAAUUUGAGAAACAAAUCGCGGUGCUUGUAUGCAAGAUGGAAAAAGUAUUUCCGCCUGGAUUUAUGAAUGUGAUGCAACAUUUGCUAGUGCACUUACCUUAUGAAGCAUUGGUAGGAGGACCAGUGCAGUUCCGAUGGAUGUAUAGUCAAGAAAGAGAAUUGAAAAAACUUAGAGCUACUGUGCGGAACAAAGCAAGGGUUGAGGGGUGUAUCGCAGAGGCCUUUGCAGCUAAAGAGAUCACAAUCUUCUCAAGUCAGUAUUUAUCACACACUAACAACGUGAAUGCUCAGUCAACACGGUAUCAUACUGAAGAAGAAGGUCCUUCGACCGACCUUAGUGUUUUUCUAUGGAAGGGGAAAGGGGUCGGGGCUUCUACUGCACAUUAUGUUGACAUAAGAGAGCGUAAUUUCACCAUGCUCUACUUGUACACCAACAUGGAGGAACUUGAUCCAUACUUUGAAAUGUUUGAUUCCAUAUAUUUAGCUGGCCACAAACCUACACCAAAGGAACUGGAUAAUCUACGUAUGAAAGGGAUGAAUGGAGGUCCAUGUUUCGUUGAAUGGUUCCACGAGCAUUGUAAGAAACUGGACUCUCUAGUCUCGGAUGAUUUGUGACAGAUAUCACAUGGUCAGUU